CUGCCACAAACUUAUCAUUAAAAAAAAACUUGCAAUGUGUUUGGCAGAGAUUAUUAUAACAAGUAUACUUCAGUUAUAACUCAUUGAUUAGCCCUUGUGCACAUGCAGUUCUAUCUUCUCUUAGUGGAAAUACAACACAUCUGCUGGUCUGUGUUGUCUGGUUGACGUGAGUGUUGCAUACUUGUUCUUUAUAUACUUGUUCUUUGUGUACUUGUUCUUUGUGUACUUGUUCUUUGUGUUCUUAUUCUUUGUGUACUUCUUCUUUGUGUACUUCUUCUUUGUGUUCUUGUUCUUGGUGCACUUGUUCUUUCUGUACUUGUUCUUUGUGUACUUGUUAUUGUGUACUUGUCCUUUGCAUACUCUUUCUCUGUUUACUUGUUUUCGUAUUCUUCUUUUCAGUGUAUUUAUUCUUUGUGUAAUUUUGAAUCUUAAAGUACGUGGUCAAGAAACUAAUUUCAAAGACCUUCAGUUAGAGCAGUAGUUAAUUUUUCUAAAUGUAUUAUAAAAAAUCAGCAGGCAUAUGAUAUUGCCAACCAUCAACUCAUAGAACACUAGGAUUUAUACUCUUCAUUAAAAUGAAAAAAAAAUUUAAAUGAGGUUGUUAAUCUCAUCUAGUUUCCUUGAAAAAUAAAAUACAAUGACCAAUUUUUUUUAGAACUGGUCAAUAUACCCAUGGAAAAAAUCCCACAAAGCAUUAUGAGGGAACAUGUGAUCAAAAGCACUUCUCUAAAGUAACUAUUAAAAUUUAAAUUUUUUCCUAUAAAAGGCUAGGAUUUUAUAACACUUGCAAACAUUGAAUGUGGGGCCCAUUUGGGGUUAUUUAGUAUUCCUAAAACCGAAGUGCCUGCCAUUGCCUGCCAUUGCACGCAUGCAAUGCAGGUUUGUUGACAGGCAUUCUGACCAGGUGUCCAAAAUAAUUAAUUUUUUUGUUGAGACACACACUGGCUGAUGGGGUUUGCACCAACCAUUUGUCUUAUUUCCUGGUUCAAAAUGGGGAACCUUCUUGUUUUGCCAGCAGCUGGACUCAAACAUCUCAUCUUCCAGGUGAUUAAUUUUCUCUCGAGACUUUUAUUCAUAGCUAAGUUUUGACAGAAUAAAAGCUUCAAGAAACAUUAAAAAUAAAGAUAUAUUAACCAAUAUCAGGGAAAUUCCAGGGAAAAGUGUAGACAUAUAUGAAACUUAACUAAAAUUUCCAUAAAUUUAUAGAUCCCAUUGACAUUUUCAUAAUUUUUAUACCUACAUGGAAGAAAUAUAACUUGCUAAAAAAUUCUAUAUUUAUUUAAAAACCUUCAAAUAAUUUGUAAAAAACGACUCUUUUACUGAAUGAAUUAACUUAAAUUAAAAAAGUGAAAUCUACUAGAAACUGAAAAUUUUCAGUGUAUACCAACACCUUUGAGUUGUUGCUAAUUAAAUGCACUCACCCAAUCAGGGGAUGUUGUUUUACUAAAUGCUGAUAAGGGGCUAAAGCACAAACUUAUGAUUCUCCCUUCCACACGCACAAUUACUAUAAAAUAAAGUUGGUAAUAAAAAUUAAUAAAAACACACCCAUGACUGUGAAACCCUAGGUAACCAAAAGCUUCCUUUAUGCUCACCCCUGAACUAUGUGAUAUUUGUGAAAGCACAUAGAUUAAAGCUUUAUUUAAAAUGCAUGCACCAAAAAAAAAAAGCACACAGAAAACCUUCCAUUAAUAGAUGUUUGAAAGCACACAGUUCUGAAUAAAAGCUUAUUAAAAAUGCCUUCGCCAAAAAUAACUUAACUUGAUCAUCGCUGGAAGCCAUCGAUAUGAAAAUAAUUUAUAUUUUACCCUUUACCCUUUAAUUUUAUGAUCGUUAAAAUUAUAACUUUUGGGAUAAGGGGAUUAUGACCCAACUUUCCAAGAACCAUCUCUAAGUCAGGAAGAAUGACCACGUCAAGUUCGAUUUUGAUCCAUUUUUAGGUUUUCUUGUGAUCAAUCAACCUAUCUACAAACAAACAUAGUCACUCUGAGCUUUAUAUAGUAGAUGCAUAGUUUAAAAAUGCAAGUGUCAUACUCUAUACAUUCAGCCAAAGCUUUUGUAUAAACCAAAAUACAAAAUUGUAAUAUAGUAGAGACUGCUUCAAACCUCAGGAAAAAAAUGUAUUUAGAACAAGAUAGGCUGAACUUGAAUGACAAGACAGGACAAUUAACUAAAAACUUGGUUUUUCCAACCCAGCUUUCAGUCCCAGUGAUGCAUAAGACGAAUGGAUUUUUCUUAACUUGAUGUCUCUACUUUCUUCCUUUUUUUUUUUUUUUUUUUUUUUGUUUUUAUUUGUAUUCUUGUUCUUACUUGUAUUAGGAUCGUCAUCUUCAUUACUUGUGGAUCUACUUUUGUGGCCAGUACAAAAAUUCUUAUAAAAAAUAAUCAGGAUUAAAUAAAAUAAAAAUCUAGCUCUAAAAAGAUAACUCUACUGUAGUAACAUUAAACAUAAAAAAAAAUUGAAAUUUAAAAAUAAAUAAACUAAGUCGAUCACCUAAAUUUAUUAAACAUAUUUGUACUAGUUUUAUAUGAGUCGGAUGGACCCUGUGAUGAUAAAUGGUAAUUUUUACAGAGGCUUACUUAGGGUUAUUUCUGCUUGCAGAGGACCAAUAUUUGUGAUACCGCCCUUCCAACACCAAAAGACUCUGCAGGAAUCUGAAAAUGCCACUCCUCUUUAUAUAUAUAUUUAUAUAUAAAAAGUGCAGCCUGUGGCGAAAUCCCUUUUCCUAAGCUAGAUUUAUUUAUAUUUAGUAUUAAGCCAGAAUCUAAGAAAGUCCUUCAAAGACUAUUUUAGCUAAAUAUAAAAUAAAAUAAAAAAGUAACAACAAAAAAUAAUUAUUUAACUAUUCUAUAGUUUGAAGCCUAUAAGAACUUUAGUAUUACCUGCUGGUGUGAGAAUUCAUCAUUUCCUUUAAACACAGACUAAAUGAACUCACUAAGAACUCAAGUUAUAUACCAUAUUUCCAUUAGUAAAACUCAAAUUUUUUGGAGGAUCCAUCCUACUCAAUAAAUCACUGUUACUUAUCAUACCUGAUAGAUCAACUCAAUUAGGGUGAAUCCGUUCCCUCAAAUCUCAAAGUAAAUACCUGGUACCAAAGAUAUAGAAAUUCAUGUGUUUUUCAAUGAGUAAGAAUUUACCAUCAUAUCUUAACAUCUGAUGGUUCCUGUAUUUAACUGUAUUUAAAACUGUGAUGUAGUUUAAAUGUAUGUAUUAAAAUAAACAAAUUCUGCUAUUAUUUCAGUUGUUGAAAGAAAAGUCCUGUUUGAAAGAGAUAAGUAGCUGUGUUCCGCUACUCUAAUAUGUACCACAGCUGAAAGAGAGAACAAGAAAAUCCCCCAGGAUGGCAUCCAAGAAGUCUGUGGGGCUGAUUUUGUGUGGUCUGUUGGGCGUGGCAUUUCUAGUCACUGGCUGUGUUCUCAUUCAUGUGUUUGAUGAACUUGCACAUUCAGAGAUUGAUGAUGUAAGUUCUAUGUUCAUUACUGUCAUUAGAUCCUCUUUAACUUUAAUGACACUGAACGCUCUAUAAUUACUUAUUGUAUUAAAAUCAUAAUGUGCACAAAACUAGUUUUUAAAGGGACCAUGGAAAUUUUAUUACUAUAAUUUUUUUGUUCUUCCCUGGCUUUUUAAUUGAUUUAUGACUCUAAAAAUCUUAAAUUGACACUGAAGUUUAAUAUUGUAAAACUUGAACAUGACUGAAUCAUAAUUUUGAAAAUCUCCACCUAUUUUUGUUUAUAUAAAAUUUAACUUUAAAAAACCCCACUUGGGUAGACCAAAUUACAUAUCUUUGGGUUUGUAGCAUGAAAACAACAAUUUUCUACCGGUACUGACAGAAUUUGUAUAAUUCCAAACAAUUCUCUAAAAAUAUUAUUUUUAUCAUUUAAAACAAUUCUCUACUGAUAGAAUUAGUAUAAUUUCAAACAAUUCUCUAUGCAUAGAAUUUUUUUUUACAUAGAAUUAAAAAAAAAAUUAUAAAAAUUCUCAUAAGCUUGAAUAUGUAUCAUUUACAAAAUUUCUCUCCACCCUGUUCAGAAUCUUCCACUGAAACCCGGCUCAGACUCCUACAAAAACUGGCAGUCUCCCAAGACACCCAUUUACUUCCAAGUUUGGUUCUUUGAUAUAGUCAAUCCCCUAGAAGUUCUGGCGGGGGAGAAGCCAGCUGUUAUACAGAAAGGACCUUACACUUACAGGUAAAUAUCAUAAUUUAAUAGAAUUUGUCUAGUUGAUAGCAGAUAUCUAUAACUCAUGUGGAUUUUUCAAAGACACUAUUUUGUCAAUAGUCUGAAAACAUUUAAAAAAAACAAACGGAACGACGACCCUUUUUUAAAGUUCAGCAAUCAAAUCUUUUUGGGGACAAUGGCCGGUCAUUAUGAAAUUUCUUUCAAUUACAUUGGAAGUAACUGAGAAUGACAUUCAAAUAGCAUGUUGAAUCCUGUCAAAUCAGGAAUGUUGCAAGGUUGGUUCUUGUAAAAAAAACAACAAAAAAAACCAACAAAAAAACAACAGAUUCAGUGAGAGGCUCUGACACACUUUGUCUUACCCAUGUAUCUGGAGAUUCCCUUUUGCAGCCCAUCAUCACAUGUGUAAAAAUUUAAGGGAGAUUAUUUCGGCCUUUCCCACAGGGAGCACCGUGAGAAGUUUAAUAUCACCUACUAUGACAACGGCACACUGACGUACUUGGAGAACCGCUCAUUUAAUUUUGACAGGGAGAUGUCUGUGGGCUCAGAGAAUGACACCUUCAACACCAUAAGUCUGCCUGGUCUGGUGAGAAGUUUGCUGUAGUGUUAGGGUUAAAAUACUUGUUGCUAGAUCUUUAUGACAAAGUUAAAAAAAAAAAUCCUGUCAAGUGAAAAUGAAUCAUGUACUGUUUAUUUUAUGCUUUUAAAAGAAAUCUAGCAAUCAAUUGUUGAAAAUUCAAAGUUAACUGCAUUUCACUGUGAUAAAUUUAAUAUUUUAAGUUUUUCGCUAAAAUUGCUUAUGUGGUCCAAAUGAGUAGCUCCUAAAAAAUUUAACAAAAAAACAACAACAAAAGCAAACUAGCAACAAUAUUUCUUGAAAAAAUCAUAACCCUGAAAUUUAUGUAUUUGUUGAAAUAGUAACAAAUAACAUCUAAAUUUAAGUAGGAUAUAUUAUAUAUAUAUAUUGCGUAAAAUUUAAUUGGAACUAAUGAUUUUGUUAUUCUGUUGUACAGAUGAAGGCGUUGGCCGAAACUUUUAAAUUGUAUUAAUUAUUUGAAGACAAAAUACAAUUUAAAAUUUUCUUCAAAUAAUUAAACCUUUCAUACAUUUUUUUACUAACACCAAUUGUUUUUGUCUUAUUAAUCUUGACAGCUAUAAAAGUUUGUUAAAAUAUUCUCUGUAGACAAUUAUGGAGAUGUUGAAGUGGGAACUCCAGGCCAUCAAGUGGUUUGUCAAUCUUAUCCUUAAAGAGACAGGCGAGAACUUGAUACAAGAGCUCUCAGUCCAUGACCUGAUGUGGGGCUAUGAGGAUCCCUUGCUGAAGGCAGCCAAGAAAGCAGCAGCGGAAUUCAAAAUACAUCUGAACUUCUCAGAUAUGUUUGGUUUGUUUUAUAAUGUAAGUUAAUCUGGACUUAGGCUCAUGGUGCCCCAACAUUGGCUUAGGAAAAGGAGGGGGGGGGCAGAGGAUGGUGGUCCAACCCGAGUGGCACUUUUAUCUUUAUAGGGAGCCGCAGCAUUUUUCGCCUCAUGCAGUGCUUUUUUCUUUGGGGAGGGGGCAAAAAUCUUGCCUGCUCUGGGCGACAGUAAUUCUAGUUACGCCACUUUGCUUUAAAUCACAUAUGUCUAAAGAGACUUGUUUAGUUUUAUAAUUUAGUUAAUGUUGUUCAUAUUCUGAUGGUGAAAUAAAGCUGAUUAACUCAUUUACACAGAGUGAGCAGCUUUUUGUUGAUCCUCCUGUAUCUAACCUGAGGUCAAUGUGUGGCCAAUGCCAGAUCCCUUCAACUCCAGUCCCUAAUUUCUUUAUUAACAGUGUUUUAUUUUCUACAUGGAGUAAAAAUACAAUCUUUGAAAACACGCCGACAACGUUUUCUGUGUCAAAACUGAUAGUUGACUCUCUUACCAUAAAAAAUAAUGUCCGUUUGACGAAUUUCUUAUGACACCAUUAAUCACCGUCUUCCCAGCAAAACAACUCCAAUGAUGGCCUGUACCAGAUAUACUCGGGGAUGAAAGAUCUUGACAACUUUGGGAAUAUUGUUUCCUGGAAUGGUCAAACGUACGUUUUUAACUCAGUUUUUUUUGUGUGUUCACAUUUCUGCUGAACUUUUAAAAUUGUUUCAGAUUUUGGAUUUUAAGAAUCUUCAAAUAAAUUUUUACUUGUUGAUAAGAAAAACAAAUAUCUCAUAUCUGUAUAUUUCAUGUCUCAUUAUCUAUGUAUUUUAUGUAUCAUUAUCUGUAUCUUUCAAGUCUCAUCUGUAAAUUUCAAGGGUUAUGUGCUAUGUUUCAUGACUCAGUAUCUGUAUAUCUCAUGUCUCAGUAUCUGUAUAUUUCUUGUCUCUGUAUCUGUAUUUUUCUUUCAAUAUCUAUAUAUUUCACAUCUCAGUGUCGUUAUAUUUCAUGUCUCAGUGUCUGUAUAUUUCAUGUCUAAGUAACUGUAUAUUUUUUUGCAGUAUCUUUAUAUUUCACAUCUCAAUGUCUGUAUAUUUCAUGUCUCAAUUUCUUUUUAUUUCAUGUCUUAAUAUCUGUAUAUUUCUUGUCUCCGUAUCUGUACUUUUUUAUUCAUUUCAAGGGAGCUAAAUUAUUGGACCAAUGACUCCGCCAACAUGAUCAAUGGAACAGGUUAGUCUGUGAUGAUGUAUUGCUUGUCACAGUGAUUUACAAACUUGAAAGUUUAGAAGCUGGCCCUCUGUUGCAAUGGUAAGAUUGGCUGCCUCUUCACCAAUAGGUAGUGAAGCUGGCCCUCUGUUGCAAUGGUAAGAUUGGCUGCCUCUUCACCAAGAGGUAGUGAUGCUGGCCCUCUGUUGCAAUGCUAAGAUUGGCUGCCUCUUUACCAUUUCUCUGAGGUCGUCCUCAGCCAUAGGGCACUUAGCAAAGUAGGGCAUAUUUUAAAGGGAGGAAGUGAACACUAAGGAGUAAGAAUCUUCAACCACCUAAGUUGAAAGACAGCAGCCAACUAGGCCUGUUUUUAAAAAUUGUUUGAAUUCACAAAAAUAUCUAUCAUCUUACCAGUAAUUUAUAGUUGCCAGACUCAGUUCUUACAAUUAUAUAAUAAAAAUAACCAUUAACUAAAGGAAUGGAACAUAAUUUUGGGUCUUUACAAAAACAAAAAUAAUCAUGAGAAUUGAAAUUUUAAAUGCAUUUUAAAAAAUGUAUUUGUGUGAAUAAAAUACAUAAAUUUAAUCUUAGAAUAAGUGCCAGUACCAGCACCAGUGUGUAUCUUGUGUGUUAUAUUUUAUUUUCUAGAAGUUACAAAAAAUUUGGUACAUGUUAUAGUUUUUUUUUGGUGCUGGUUGCACACAUUUAAAAUUUAAAAAAAAAAAAAAUGAUUUCUUUACGGCAGAUGGGACCAUUUACCCACCAUUCAUCGACUUGAAGGCCACAAAAUAUCUCUUCUCCUCUGAUCUCUGUAGGUGAGUAAUUCACAGAGUUGUAGCACUAUUAAAGAAAAAUAAUUCAAAGUAAAUCUUUGUAUAAAAAGUAUAAAAACUUGAGAACAUUUUUUUAUGUGCUAUUUUAAAAAGUAUUUUAAAAAUUAAAUUUGCUUAUUGGACCUGCUUUAUGAAAAAAACAGUAGUAAAUAACAAUAAAAACAAUCAUUGAUGCUACAGUAAACAUCAACAACAAAAGCAAUCUUUGAUAACAAUAAAAAAAUACUUGCACAAAUGAUAAGCAAGGGUCAUUCAGCUGCUAAAUAACAACAGUAUAUUUUUUCUAUACAUUUUAAGCAAUCAUUUUCUACAAUUUACCCAAUUUCUACAAUUUGCAAUGGAAAUUAUAUAAAAAAAAACACAAAUAUUUACCACUAGCAUCUCUGAAUGAAUUUUUCCUAGCAUACAAAUGGCAGUUCCAUAAAAAACAUAUCUCUUGGUACAGUUAUAUGGAACGAAAAAUUUGCAAAUCCCUUAAUUUGUAGAUCAAGAAGAUUUUAGCUGUAAGAAUUUUAAGCAAUAUUCUGUCUUAAAAAAUAUUUCUUUAGAUGUCCUUUUGUUUUUUUAGAUUUUUUAAAAAAGAAAUUGUUCCAAUUACCCUCUAAAGAAGUCUUGAUUAAUUUUUAUGAGAACUUAAAAAAUGACAUGUAUAUUUUUGUGUUAAAAUUCUUGUUUUAUUUACAUUGCAACUUGAAUGCCUCAUAUCUUUGCAGGUCUUUGGGCAUGACCUAUACCAAAGGUGUGAGUGUCAAGAGCAUUGACCUGGCCAGGUUUGUUGCACCUGACAUCAUGUUUGGGAAUGUAUCGACCAACCCCUACAACGCUGGCUUCUGCACACCCUCCGGCAACUGCCUCCCAUCUGGGCUCCUCAACGUCAGUGUCUGUCGGACUGGGGCUCCCGUCAUAAUGUCAAUGCCGCACUUCCUCGGGUGCGACCCGGAGACGGUCAAUGCCAUCAGGGGCCUGAGACCCAACAGGGACGAACAUCAGAGUUACAUUGACAUAGAGCCCGUGAGUAUGGUAUCUGUUAGACAGAGCAGGUUGUCAAAUUUGUGUUGAGUCUUCAUCAAAGAUUGCACCCUAACAAAGUUUUGGGGAAUAAAAGUUUGAACAAAGAGAGUUCAAAGUGAUAUCCAUGAUACAGAGUGUUUUAAUUUUGCGUAACUCAAUCACUUACUCUAAUCUAAUGAAAUUAAGGAAGACUGCAUCUUUCCUCAUUAUGCCUCUCAGUUGUAUUCCGGUUAUUCCUGACACACUAAAGCAAGGACUUGGGAAAACCCUGCGAAACAAUCAAUCUAGUUAAUUUAACUAUUAUUUUUUGUAAUGUUCGUUUCCUCUCAUUAUGUCAUUGCUAUUUAUUUAAUUUGGUGGUUUUCAACUGGGUCAUCAUGAAUGGGUUGUUUUAGCGCAAUACUUUUUUUAUAACAUAUUAAUCAGUAAAUGAGAAUUGCUGGCAUUCGACUUACAAAGUUAUAUGGAACCUAUAUCCACUUUAUCCAACAGCAAUAAGAAUUUGGCUCACACAAACAGCUGAUGUUUUGGUUGAUACCUGAAUGACGUUUUUGUCAGAAAUUUUGUUAGUGACUUGUUUAAGUGUGCUGUUAGAUAAUAAUAAAAAUAAAAAUAUAAAAAAUGUUAAAACCUUGUCAUUUAACUCAUGACUUAUAGAGGUGAGUUGUGUUUUAAAAAAUCUGAAAAUCCUUGCACAGAUUUUUUAACUUGAUCCCAACUCCGUGGACAAUAAUAUUCUGGGAACAUUUAAUUUUAUUUUGUGAAUAAUAUCUAAAAGUAUCUAAUAUAAAUAAUAUCUAAAAGUAUCUAAAAUAUAAAUAAUAUCUAAAAGUAUCUAAUAAAAAUAAUAUUAAAAAGUAUCUAAUAUAAAUGAUAUUUUAAAGUAUCUAAUGUGGGACUCAAUUUCAAGUAUAUAUCUUUACACCUGUGCCUUGACAAUUGCACCUAUUUAUUUUACAGAUGACUGGUGUUGCCAUGAGUGUGGGUAAAAGGCUUCAGAUCAACACCUACUUGGAAUUUAUUGAGGGCUUUGAGUAGGUUCAUCUUGGCCUAUAAAUAACCUGAUAUUUGUUGUAGUGUGUGUGAUUUUUUGGUGAAGUUCCAUGCAUCAACAUGACAUUUCCCACACAAAUUUCACAUGUCAUCAGCAACAACCUAAAAUGUUUCAGACCCAUGCAUCACCAUGACAUUUCCCACACCAAUGUCAUGCAUCAUCAGCAACAACCUAAAACGUUUCAGACAAAGGCAUCACCAUGACAUUUCCCACACCAAUGUCACAUGUCAUCAGCAAAAACCUAAAAUGUUUCAGACCCAUGCAUCACAAUGACAUUUCCCACACCAAUGUCACAUGUCAUCAGCAAAAACCUAAAAUGUUUCAGACCCAUGCAUCCCCAUGACAUUUCCUACACCAAUUUCCAUGACACAUGUCAUCAGCAACAAACUAAAACAUACGAGUUAAGUAGUGCCUCAUAAAGAUAUUUUCAAGUAUACCAGGGGGUGGUGUGCAGUCACUGGUGCAUCUUCUUCCAGGUCACCAAUGGGGUAUAGGCAUCAACACCCACUACAGCCACAAAUAGUUCAUCUAGUUGAAGUCCAUCACAUUCACUUGUGUUCUCUCAUGUCAUAUCUGCAGUGAUCUGAAGAACAUCAAAAAGCCUAUUUUCAUGCCAGUCAUGUGGUUGAAUGAAGUAAGUAGAUCAAUGACAGGCCCUCUAACUUUAAGAAAUAGCUACUGAAAUUGUGUUUUUUAUAUGGCCAAUGACCACUCUUAUUAUGGGAAGAAUUUGUGUUUGAGUUGAUAAGACAAGGCUGUCAGUGUGACUGAAGACUAUUGUUAUCAAGUGGACUGUUCUCAUUAAGUGCUGCUGGCAAUGGGCUACUUCACUGAUGCUGGAUAUAAUCGUAUGGUCUCAUGCUUUACUGCAAGAGAAUUUUGAAAAGUAUUUUUAUAUACUGCUCCUUUGUGAUCACUAGCAGAUCCUCGACCAGGUUUUAAAAAUAUAGAAAUUUAAUUUCUUUCUAUAAAUUACUGAGUUCACCUUCAAUAGAGCAUGACCAUUGACUGAAACAUUACACCAUUUUUUGGUUUAGAGCGCCCUGAUAUCUGACCAAGAUGCUGGUGAUUUCAAAUCUCAAGUGGUUGACAAAAUAACCCUCACGAAAGCUGUCAAGUUUGGCCUCAUUGCCCUGGGUGCUGUCAUGAUCCUUUGUGUGAUUCUAGUGCUGGUGGCAACCAAACUCAAAACGGUACACAUUUUUAAGAAAUCAUCAACUAAUGUGGAUAAAUAUAACUAAGAAAUUCUUUUCCACUGAAAAUUAUGAAAUUUUAAUUUAAAGACAUUUAUACUACUUUGGCUCUGGCCUUCUUAUACUUUUUGACUGUAAGAUAAAUUGUUGAAUGAUAAAAAUUUUCAAGACCAUUCUUCAUAAGUACAGCAAUUCCUUGAGCAUUUACAAUUAGGUUCCAGAGUCUGUUACAGAUCAUGGUGAAUCACAAAUGUUUCGUAAGAGUUACUAAAGUUUAUGUUAACAUUAACUAUUACAAAAUAUUCAAUUAAAUGCUGUAUAUUCUAGUAAUUAUGUAAACAUUAGUGUUCCAAAGGAAAAAAACCAUGCAAAUGGGUAUCCCAACGGUACAGAAAUUAACAUAUGGAACGUUGUCAUGGGAAAGCUAAGGUUUAUCUAAGAAAUUUCUGAACUGAUUUCUUUUAUUACUUAUUUUAUCCCCAAACAAAAAGCAUUUAAACUUAUUAAUUACUUCAAAAUUAAAAAAUUUUGCAGAUCUAUGAAAAAAGUCACUAGUGUAAAUUAGUUGGGUUCUAACGAAAAUUUAGCCCCAAUUUAAACCAGAUCUGGCUGAGACAGAUUCAAUUCUGUAAGGCCCAAAUCCAACCAUCCGAUAUGCUGUUUAAACAUUGUUAUAUAAAUUAAAGGGAAAUUUUCAAGGUGCAAUACCAAGGGAGGCUAUUUUAUUUUCCUCUUCUGGCAAGGAGCAUUCAUUCAUUAUUUUUAUAGUUCACAGUAGAAUUAUUAUUUUUAUGGUUAUAAUCAUGAGUAGUCAAGUACUUUGUUGUAGUUUGACAUUUAAGAAUUUACACAAUAAAAUACAGUAACUAGAAAGUAAUAGAAUACAACAUUUACAGCAACCAGCUAUGAAUUGUUUUUUCACUAUAUUUCAUAUAAUUAUAUCACACAAUAGAUUUAUUCUAGAUUAUUUUCUUAACCUAUCUAUUAUUUACGGUAAAUGUGGCAUUGUUUGUCUGUGGCUGGGAUUUCAAUAAAUAACAUUUCUGAGUGCCCUGGUUUGAAAGGGUUAAAGGAGUCCUACUCCCUCGCUAGUCUUAAUUAAUUUUGAACUUAAUAUUAAAAAAUGUUGCCAUUAAUAAAAUAACAACACAGAUGCAUAACAAUAUAACUAAGAAAAUGUUACAGUGAUCUCUGAACUCAAAAGUCAUUACCCAUGCUAAAGUACACACUGAGCUCAAAAGUCAUCUCCCAUGUUAAAGUGCACAGUGAACUCACAGGUCAUCUCCCAUGUUAAAGUGCACAGUGAACUCAUAGGUCAUCUCCCAUGUUAAAGUGCACACUGAACUCAAAAGUCAUCUCCCAUGUUAAAGUGCACAGUGAACUCACAGGUCAUCUCCCAUGUUAAAGUGCACACUGAACUCAAAAGUCAUCUCCCAUGUUAAAGUGCACACUGAACUCACAGGUCGUCUCCCAUGUUAAAGUGCACACUGAACUCAAAAGUCAUCUCCCAUGUUAGAGUGCACACUGAACUCAAAAGUCAUCUCCCAUGUUAAAGUGCACAAUAAAUUCAAGCAUCAUCUCUCAUGUUUGUCGCAACUGAGUUCAUGGGAUGUGUUUGAAGAAUGUGUCAAGUGGGCAGAAAAUUAUUGGGUUAGGGUCUAGUGAAGGCAGUAAGUUAGUGUGUAACAGUUAUUUGAGUGAGACUAGAACAAGGGUGGAAUGAUAAAAAAGUGUAUGGGGGUAGAUUGUGCAAGGGUUUGAAGAGCAGCAGCAUGGGAGAAAAUGAAUAAUGUGACCAAUAAAUUAAAAGAAUCAAAUAAUAAGGGGAAAUCUCAGUGAGCCAGUCCACGCUUUAUACUAUAAUAAUAAAAUAUUUCACAAAGCAAUAUAUUUUUUUUUUCAGUGCCACAAUGCAAAAGUUGUUGAUGAUGAGAAUGAACCAAUACUGCAUCCUCACAAUGCUGCAGUGUCGACAUGACCCAGGAAUGUUGUGAAUUCACGGCUUGAAGUCAGAAAUUUUACUAUUUCAACUUCGUGUCUUGCUCUUCUUGGUAUCUGUGCUCUCCUCUAGUCAUUAAGUAGUUUUUUUUUUAUACUCUAGUUACAUAGAAAUCCAUUUUUGCACUCAAAGAUUGAUAUUUCUCAUUGCCCAAAUUCUUUUUCUCUAGACCAUAAAUGACAUUGCAUCUUUCUUAAAUUCUGAUAUUUUUAUUAUUUUGUGAAAGUAAAAAUGAAAUGAGACACAUUUUAUAGAUAAAUUUGAAACAAUUACAAAUAGUAUCAAAUGAAUUUUUAUGUAUCUCUUGUAAAUUGUAGUUAAUAUAACGCAGUUUUUUUUUAGUUAUUGUAUUCCAAAUUUUUUUUAGCUGUAGAUUUAUUUUGUUUCUUUCAUUUUCUUUAUUUCACAACUCUCUGUCCAAAAAUAUGAAUUCAUUUUUUUAAAGUAGAAAUUACCUUCCUUAUUAAAUGGUAAACUUAUGACAAAUAUUAUACACUCUUCCAAAUUUUAUUUUUGUGUGCGCACUAAGCAUAUUUUCUGUAGACUCUAAAAUUGUGCAGAAUUGAAGUGAUUAAGUCAUUCUGAGAACAAGAUUCUUGAUAUAAAAAUAAUUUGUUGACAUGAAUUGUAACACUAGCAAGUCCAUGUUUUGGCUCAGGGAUGUUUUUAAAACAGACAUGUACUUUUUAAUUUUUCUUGUUUAAUUUUGGCUUUUACUUGUGUUUUAAAAAAUAUUUGUUUUAAAAGUGAUGUGUGGGCAUGUAAUUAAUUAAAUGAUUAUUUAAUUUGAAAGUUUCAUAAAGCCAUCAGUGAGGGUAGAUAACUUGUGAUGGAUGCACAAAUAAGUGCCAUUGUGUUGUGUUCAAACCCAGACAGAAUUCAUUUUUUAUUAUCAGAUGAAACCAUAUAUGAACAGCACAGUUUUUUUUUAAGGUUUGCAUAAUUUUGUAAAAUUGUCAUAUGCUAUCAACCUUUUUAUGAUUGAUGAUGAUGAAAAGCUGCUUGGGAAUGAAUGUUGGAAAGCCAUUCUUAAAUAAAUUUUGGACUGGAAUACCGGUAAAUAAUGGCGGACUCACUUAUAUAUAGUGAAGGGUUUACAUAGGAACCAAAGAUUUGCACAACAAAUUUUAAAACUCGUCAAACCUAGCAGCACAAUUUACCAAGCUGUGGUAAAUCUGAUCAGUUUGAAAACCAUGUUCAUUAUACAUAGUUUUUGUGUGUUGUAUGUGUAUCUGUGUUGUAUGAUUUUAUUUACUGAUUAGCAACCAGAUUUGAAAAACUCGCUGUGGCCGAAUUAAAUCUAAGGUCACAUCUACUACGAUACAAAAAUUUGCGCUACCAGCGGCUCGUAGUAGUUAACCAGUUAUACAGGGUAUGUACAUGUAUAUGGUUUUUGUUGGCCUGUAAUGACCAAAUUUUGUUAAAUAUUUCCACUAGACUGAAUUCAAACAUUUUUGCCAACACUGUCUAAAAAAAAAAACCAACCAAAAAAUAUCAGAGCACUUUGGAUUUAUUAACAAUGUAAAUUUUUUCCAAAUGUUUUCACGUUUUAUGGAUGUUUGUUUUAAAAGAAUUCACCAGCAUAAGGUAAAUUUAGUUUGUUACUUUGGAAAUAAUAAUUUUUAACAUCAGUUGUUUUAGUUGGGGCUUUUGUUGUGUUGGCCAAGAUGGAUUUUAUGUGUGAUUACAUGAGAUUGAAACAUGGUAUUUGCUAUUUUAACUCAUUAGCCUGGGUUAAAAGAAAUGUUUUCAAGGGGCAUAAAUCAUUAACUUUUAUUCUAAUUGUCUCCUGUCCAUUUUAUAACUUACCAUGUAAAGAGAUUCUUAAAUAAUAAAAAGGUUCUUUUUGAAAAUCACGUAUGCAUGCAUAAUGAAUCGACAUUUCACAAUUUUUCUCAAUGCUUCUAAGUACCUAUAUUCAAUUUUUUUUUUAAAUUGUGGGGAAAAACAUUGUUAGUCCCCACACAUACCCUGAUAAUUUAUGAAACAAUUCAAACUUUCUUGUUCGUCAUUGCCCUUUAUUUUUUAGUUGUAGAAAUGCUGAAAGUGUUAAUUGGUUGAUGUUGCUGAUCCCAGUUUAUCAUGUCUUUCAAAAAUUGCAACUGCUGUACCCUAACGGCCAACAUUAGGCUUAUCUGAAUCAACUGUGUUGAUCAUGUAUUAGGUCAUGGUGUUCUGUAAAUCCCUCCAAGCUGUGAAUAAGGGUUAGCGAGUUGUAUAAAUGUUUACGAGAGCCUUAGGCAACUGUUGGGUCUACAGACUAUUUUUAUUAGAAGUAUCCAUGACAUUCCUUUAGUCUUUGACAUACCGUAUCUUUUAAAGAGGCUUUCAUUUUAAACCAAAUUAAUACAAUUUUUUGGUACUUUUUAAGCUUAUGAAUAGAAGUUUAUAGCAUAAAGGCAUUAUUUGAAUUGUUUAUAAUUUAUAUUAAGACAAAUGAUAUACAUGGCACAUAUAUAUAUAAGUAGAUCUCUUAAAAACAUUUUAUUCUAGAAAUAACAUUUUCAUUGCACAGGUAGCUUCUUUUCAAUUUAAAAAAAAAAAAAUUCAUUUUUUUUUUCUUGAAAUCAAGAGACUUGAGAGUUGGUAAAUAUAUAUUUUUUUAUAAAUGCUCCUCUAAUUUUUAUCUCCAUGAGAGAAAACAUGUGAUAUGAGAUUAUGCUUAGUCUUUUUUAACUUCCAAAAAUCUAUUCAUUGGCAUCUGAAGCACGAGUGCAAACAGUUAUUAAUAAAAUAUGGGGGACUUUGCUCUUUUUCUUUGGAUUUGCUACCGUGUGAAUUUUGUUUAUAUACAUCAUUCCUAAUAGCUUUACAUAUUAAUAUGUGUCUAUCCAGCCUAUAAAUUUGGUUUUAUUUAUUGUUUCUCUAUAGUUCUUUAAAGAAAGUUAAAUAUACCUAUAAUCCUCAUUUUAAGUUGACAAAGUUUUUCAUUUUAUUAUUGUUAUUCAAUAUAUAUUAUAUUCAAUAUAAGUAAUAAGACCUAUUAACUGCUAAUAUAUUUCAUUUUAAUUAUUGUUUUCACCAAUUGAAAAUAUAUAUAUUUUAUCAAUGUAGCAACAUUUCUUAAUAUUAUGUAACACAAUUAUUCAUUCAUCUUCUCAGCUACAGUUAAAUUUUACCAUUAAAUAUCCCAUUUUCCCCAUAUAUAAUAUACACACUGAAUCAAAGUACUGAUUAGCAAUCAUAUUUAUAAUGCCUAUUUUAAACAAUGAUAAAUAGAUGUAAUCAAGUGUCCUCACCUAAAACAAAAUCCCCAUUAACUCCAUUGUAAACCUCUCUUUAUAAAGCAAAUCUGAAUCAAAUUCAUUCUAUUAUUAACCUCCCUUUAAAGCUAAUCACUAUUAAUUCCUGUGUACUGCAAGUUCUGCAUUAUGAAAUCUUACAGUAACUUAGUAAUCAUAUUUCAAUUUCAGUUGAUGUAAUAUUUACAAAUGCAGAUAGAUAUAUAAAAAAAUAUACAAAAAUAUGCAUAGCACACAGCUGAUGUUAGCAAAAGUUUUUUUCCCAAAUGGUGUGAAUUUUUGUUUGUGUUUUGCUUUUUAUAUCAUGAAAUUAAUUAUGUUGGCUUAGCUGCGCUUUCUCCAUACUGGUAAAUAUUAACUAUUUUAUUUAUCCUGUGAAAAAAGAAACACUUCCAAUGAUGGACAGCUUUAAUUUUAUUAUCUAUUUAUUAGUCAACUUUUCAUGUCCUGUGUAAACGGCAUUUUAGAUAUUAUUUUAGGUAAUAUUUUAUAUAUUAAUUUAGAUAUUAUUUUUAAUUAUUAUUUUAUAUAUUAAUUUAGGUAUUAUUUAUCAUUUUCUCCCAAAUGAAACAAAUCAAACUUUUAAUGACC